AUUGGGGCUAUCAUAAUGACGCCGACCAGGGAGCUGGCCGAACAGAUCAGUGAAGUUGUCAGUCAUUUCCUCCGGUUCCUGCCCCAGCUCACAUCCUGUUGUUUUAUUGGCGGUGCCAACCCACAGUCGGAUAUUGACAAGUUUAUUGCACAUGGAGGUCACAUUGUAAUAGCUACUCCUGGAAGGUUGGAAGAUCUUUUCCAACGAAAGGUGGCUGGAUUCACAUUGGCGGCCAGUGUCAAAGCUCUGGAAAUGUUAAUACUAGACGAGGCAGACAGACUUCUGGACAUGGGAUUUGAAACAAGCAUCAAUGCAAUUCUGAGCUACCUCCCAAAAUUGCGACGGACGGGCCUGUUCUCUGCCACACAAACAGACGAGGUUGCGAAGCUGAUACGAGCCGGCUUGAGAAACCCACUUCAGAUCACAGUGAAAGAAAAAGUCUCGAAAGAAGGUUACACUCCCAAGACACCGUCAUUAUUGAAAAACUAUUUUAUGUUCCUAGAGGCGGACGAGAAGAUGAGCCAGCUGGUCAGGUUCCUCCAGCUUCGCAAGAAGGAGAAGAUCCUGCUGUUCUUCAGUACUUGUGCUUGUGUGGACUACUUCUCUUUGUGCCUCCAACAAAUUAUCAAGAAAACUCCAAUACUGGCAAUUCACAGUAAAAUGAAGAACAAAAGAAGCAAAAUUAUAUCUACAUUCAGAGAGAUGGCCAGUGGUAUUCUAAUGUGUACGGAUGUCAUGGCCAGAGGAAUCGACAUUCCAGAUAUCAACUGGGUCAUACAAUAUGAUCCUCCAAGCUCUGCAAGUUCUUUUGUCCAUCGCUGUGGCCGGACGGCUAGAAUAGGCAAUCAGGGAAAUGCCCUGGUCAUGCUGCUGCCCACGGAAGAUUCCUACAUCAAAUUCAUUGAGCUCAACCAAAAGGUGCCGCUGACAGAAAUGCCCAAACAGUCGGACGCUUCAGAGGUGUCAACCAGGCUUCAGACGCUGGCUAUAAAUGACAGAUCGGUGUACGAGAAAGGGCUUCGGGCUUUUGUUUCUUAUAUUCAGUCAUAUGCUAAACAUGAAUGCAAUAUGAUACUACGGGUUAAAGAUCUGGAUUUUGGUCGUCUAGCUCAAGGUUUUGGGCUUCUACAUGUGCCCAAAAUGCCAGAAUUGAAGGGGAAGUCAGUCUCCAGUUUCCAACCUAUCGAGGUUGAUUUAGCCUCAAUACCCUACAAAGACAAGAUACGCGAGAAGUUGAGACAGGAGAAACUGGCGUCUGAGAAAGGUGUUCAGAAAGUCAAACUGUCAAGGCCUCCUCGA